GCAAUAAUAACCACAAACCGUACCCAAAAGAUUCGGAAAACCCUAACUCCACACAAACAAUACCCAAUUCGGAUCAUAUCGUCGGGUCUUCAUUUGCAUCCGUAUCCUCUUUCCCCAAUUCAAACCCUAACCCUAACCCAACCCUGCUUCAUCUUCCCGGAUCUUCCAAUCGGACUCUGCCAUAACAAACCCGCUGCAUAAAAGGUUUCUAUCAAGUUUAUGUGAUGGAAAUACAAACUGAAACUCCGGUCAAAAAACCGAAGAGGUUGACAUCAGUAGUGUGGAAUCACUUUGAACGGGUCAGAAAAGCGGAAGCGUGUUAUGCAGUAUGUGUUCAUUGUCAAAAGAAGCUAAGCGGGUCAAGCAACAGCGGGACAACUCAUUUGAGAAAUCAUUUAAUGAGAUGUUUAAAAAGAUCAAAUUUUGACGUUUCACAAAUACUCGCAGCAAAACGAAAAAGAAAAGACGAACCGGUUACCAUUGCGACUGUUGGUUAUGAUGAAGUUCAAAGAAAAGACGAAAACGUUAUCCCGAUAGCUUAUCAUAAGUUUGACCACGAGUCAAAGGUAGACGGGACGAUUAACCUCGGAAGUGUUAAGUUUGACCAAGAAAGAAGUCGGGUUGACUUGGCCCGUAUGAUCAUGUUACAUGAUUAUCCGCCGUCCAUGGUGGAACACGUUGGGUUCAAAAUAUUCGUCAAGAAUCUUCAGCCGAUGUUUGAAGUGUUGACCACAGGUGCUAUCGAGUCUGACUGUUUGACCAUUUAUGCAAAAGAACGACAGAAGGUGUUUGACGUCGUGAGAAAUCUACACGGCAGAAUUAGUCUCGCUGUCGGUUUUUGGUCUUCACCCGAGAACGUUGACUACCUAAGUUUGACCGCUAAUUACAUCGACGACAGCUGGAAACUUCAGAGGAAAAUAUUAAACUUCUUGACGUUGGAUUCAUCUCAAACGGAAGACGCGAUAUCCGAGUUACUUAUAAAGUGUUUAAUGGAUUGGGACGUUGACCAAAAGCUAUUCUCGUUGACUCUCGACGAUUGCUUCCGGUACGACAAUUUAGCCUAUAGGAUCAAAAACUGGCUUGCGGAAAACCGACCUGUUUUAGAUCACGGUGAAUUAUUCGAUAUUCGAUGUGCUUCGCAUUUAGUGAAAUCCCUUCUUGAGGAUUCGAUGGAAUCGAUUAAAAAUGUGAUCGAAAAGAUUCGUGAGAGUGUUCGGUUCGUGAAAAGCUCGUUAACAACACAUGGUAAAUUCGAUGAGUUUGCGCAACAAGCUGGGAUUAAUACCGAAAAAUGUUUAUCGCUUGAUAAUCAGAUGAGAUGGAAUUCUACAUAUCUUAUGCUCGAAAGCGUAUUAGAAUACAAAAGCGCGUUUUUUUUACUUCAAGAACAUGAUGCUAGUUACACAUCGUAUUUAUCUGAUGAAGAAUGGCAACGCGUGGGGUCCGUUACGUCGUUUAUAAAACUUCUUGUUGAGGUCAUAAACGUCUUUUCACAUUCGCAAAGCAAAUACCCUACGUCAAACGUAUUUUUCCCGGAAAUAUGUGACGUUCAUAUCCAAUUGAUCGACUACUGUAAAAACCCAGAUGAAUUCAUCAGUUCUCUCGCAACGGAAAUGAAGAUUAAAUUCGAUAAAUAUUGGAAUAAAAGCGGGUUAGGUUUAGCAAUUGCCGCAAUUUUGGAUCCACGAUUUAAAAUGAAGCUGGUGGAAUAUUAUUAUAAACAAAUAUACGAUACCGAAGCUCCGGAACGUAUACGGGAGGUUUCCGAGGGUAUAAGCAACCUUUUUAACGAGUAUUCCGUCGACCUGGGGGGCUCAGUUGAUGACGUGGCGGGGAAGGGUGGCAGCGGUUUAAUCGGUACGAGUAAUGCCGCUCAGGACCGAUUGAGAGGUUUCGAUAAGUUUCUUAAUGAAACUUCGAACCAACAAAGCGGGGGUUCGGAUCUCGAUAAGUAUUUGGAGGAACCUGUGUUUCCGAGAAAUUACGAUUUUAAUAUUUUAAAUUGGUGGAAAGUGCAUACACCGAGGUACCCGAUUUUAUCUACGAUGGUUCGUGAUAUAUUGGGUGUUCCUGUGUCUACUCUUACUGCUGACCUGGCGUUUAGUACUGGUGGUCGAGUGAUUGAUAAUCAUCUGAGAUCAGUUGACCCGGAUAUCCGUCAAGCUUUGAUUUGCGGGCAAGAUUGGUUGCGGAUGGAACCUGAAGAUACCAAUGCCUCGGGCCUUUCCGUUGUUCCCCUUGCCAUUGAAUUGACAUAAUCGCACUCGCCUCAUAGUGAUGCAAGGUUGAUGAGUACAGUUUACUUGAAAUGCUUUCUGGAUAACUUUACUGCUGCAGCUGUAUUGAUAAAAUGGUAGUUAAGAGCUUUUGCAUAAAAGUACAUUUUUUUUUCUUGAUUUGGAAUUAAUAUUUUCUUGUGUGGAACUUUUAAUUUGAUGGAUUCUUAAUUGGUCUUGAUGGCUUUUAGUACAUGUAGUGAGAAUAACUUGAAAAUA